AUGGAUGAAAUCAACAAAAUUAAUGAAAUUAGUGAAGUGAAUUGGAAGCAUGGUGAAUGGGGAAACAGGGUGAAUAGGGGAAGCAAGAGGUGUAAAUGGGAGAAGCAAGGUAAAUGGAAGAAGCAAGGUGAAUAG